UGGGCUCGUUAUAAAGCUCACAGCGCUUCGAAGCGCUAUCUCGUGUAAUAGCCGUCUAUCAGUUCGCAAGCUGCUAAUCACAACUCUCAGCCGCUCGCGCUUUUUUUCUUUCCACUUUCAACUCGCGAUCAGACGCGAGCUUCAGUUUACCACACAACACCCUGAGCCCAAAAAGAAAACAGUCGGUUUCGUUGGGGAACGUUCGAAAUGUUGCUCAUUAUCACGUUAAUUUUUGCCAGCGUUGGGUACGUGCUGUUUAGUUAUCACAAAACUAGACAGAAGCUGCUGAAUAUUCGAUCACACUUCGAUGGACCUCAUUCGAAUUAUCUGCUCGGAACGAUGCCAAUGUUCUACGGGAAAAGCAUCCCAGAUAUUUUCGAAAUCAUCACCAAUCUGCACAACAUUCACGGCGAAGAUAUUGCAAUUCUAGCGGCCUUCAAUGAAUUAGUGCUGGAUUUGAGCAGCGCCAAAAAUGUGGAGAAGGUACUGAUGGCUAAAUCCGUUCAAAAGUCAUUCGUGUACGACUUUCUGCAGCCAUGGCUUGGCACUGGUUUGCUCAUAUCUUCGGGGACGAAGUGGUUCCAGCGGAGAAAAAUUAUUACUCCGACGUUCCAUUUCAAAAUGUUGGAGAACUUUCUUGAGGUUUUCAACAAGGAGGCUGAUGUUUUUGUUUCGAAGCUGGAGACUCGCGCUGGCAAGGAUGAGUUUGACAUCUACGACUACGUUACGCUCUAUGCGUUGGACAGUAUUUGUGAAACCUCAAUGGGCGUUCAAGUACACGCCCAGGAUAACCCGAACAACGAGUACGUGAGUGCUGUCAAGCAAAUGAGCACCUUCUUCCUGCGAAGAAUAUUCAGCGUCCUUCGAUCAUUCCCAUCGCUGUUCGUGUUCUACCCUUAUGCCAGAGAGCAAAAGCGGGUGAUCAUGGCGUUACACAAUUUCACCAACUCCGUCAUCGAUUCCAGAAGUCGGAUGCUGAAGGAAGAGAACGCUACCAACAAAGUAGCAUUCGAUCUUCAAGAGGAAAAUCUUUACUCGAAGCGCAAGAUGACGUUCCUCGAUCUACUGCUCAACGUAACCGUCGAUGGAAAGCAACUGAGUCGCGAAGAUAUCCGAGAAGAGGUGGACACGUUUAUGUUCGAAGGUCACGACACAACCACGUCCGGAAUUUCCUUUACGAUUUAUUAUCUGGCGUUGUAUCAAGAUGUCCAGCAGCGAUUGUACGAGGAAAUUGAUCGAAUUCUGGGCAAGGGUAAAGCCACUACCAUGCUGUCGAAUGUCCAAAUUCAGGAAUUCGAAUACCUCGAUAUGGUCAUCAAAGAGUCACUCCGAUUGGUUCCACCGGUUCCUAUCAUUGGCCGGAAGCUGGUCGAGGACCUUGAAAUGAAUGGUGUCACCAUACCCGCCGGAACGAGCGUCUCCAUUAAGAUCUACAACAUUCAUCGUAAUCCGAAAAUUUGGCCAGAGCCAGAAAAGUUCGACCCGGAGCGGUUUGCAAAAUCAAACGAAGAUAAAAGAGGGCCGUACGAUUAUAUUCCCUUUAGUGCAGGUUCGAGAAAUUGUAUCGGGCAGAGAUACGCGAUGCUUGAGAUGAAAGUUACAAUCAUAAAGCUGCUAGCGAGCUACAGAGUACUGCCCGGUGAAUCGCUAGGGAAGAUGAGAUUCAAGACAGAUUUGGUUAUUCGACCGAACGAUGGUAUUCCAAUCAAACUUGUGCAAAGAGGCUAAUAUAGUUUUGUUAUGAAUAAAUCAUGUAAUUUUAAUGAAAUUGGUAACCGUUUUUUUCGUGAGGAAUGUCCUCACGACCUGCUGAAAUACGGUGUUUCAUAAAACAACUUAAACGAAAAAUAUUAUAUUCAAUAUUUAUAUGAUUUUAUUUGUGAUGUGGAAUGAUAUUUUGGCCUUGAUUUUAAAAAAUUCACUAAAAACUAUCAGGUGUGCAAAUUAAAAAUAUCUGUUUUUUGGAAUUUGAAAUUUUAUUGCGAAAAAAGUAGAAGGGUCUGAGCCUAGGGGCACGGACCGAACUUUGACGUAGGACUGUGAUUGUUCAGAUCAGUUGUUUUUUUGAAUUUAAUUCUUUUCAUUGUUCAGAAAUAUGUUAAUUUAAUUCAUUUGAAACUCCAAGAGUAGCCCUGAAAAGGUCCGUUUGUUAUAUGUACUCAUAUCCGUCAAACGGUUUGUAAGAAACAAAGAGGAAAAUGGUUCUGGCAGGAUGUUCAACUGCCUGACAAUGAUUAAUGAAUAUCAGUGUGACAUAUAACAGGGUAGAAUGGUAGAUGAAUUAUAUAUGGAUCGGUAAAUGAAAUAAAAUUAUAUCGUCAUUGAUUA